AUGGUCAAAGAUAUAUCUUUAUGUGUAUGCUGUUCUGCUAUUGUUGCAGUCUCUGCUUGCAAGUGUAUCAAUAGCCGUAUACACUUACUAACCACACAAUUUAUCAUCAAGGGAGCACCAACAAUUCUUCACAUAUUUGAUACUGAUCUAACAUAUUACGCCCUCAACAUUUCGAGUGGAGAUCUCAUCACUAAACAAAGCAUACCUUUACCUGGAGCAGAUUUGGUGGAAUUGAAUGGUGUUAUUCUACCAUCUUCAACUAGCGAUGAAUUUCUACUGAUUGGAGGUAAUAUUACUGAUGUUGGUCAAUCUUAUAUUCCAAUCAUUUGGUCCUAUAAUGUAUUGACCAAUACUCUAGUCCAAAAAUCAUUCAUAGAUGUAAAGUUUCAACAAAUCUAUUACCAAUGGGGUAUUCAGAUAGCAUCUUAUGAUUCAAUUAAUAAUAUAGUUUACUUGAAUGCUGAUUUUAAAGGAUAUCCAGUGUUGCUCAAAUUUGAUUAUAAUCAACAAAAAGAGGAAGUAAUAAGUUUACCAGGUACAGGAUGGUAUAUACAAUCAUCAUACAAUGAGACAACUAAUAUGUGUUAUUUGGGUGGUACAAACCAAGUAGCAAAUCAAUUUAGUCAGAUGGUAGUUGCCACCUACAACUCGGUGACUGGAAAUACAUCAUCACACAUCAUUACAUUUGAUGUUCCUGAUAGUUGUUACUACUCGAUUGCCAUGUAUCAAUAUAACUCCAAGUUCUAUGCCGGACUCUAUGGUGCCUCAGGUUCUUGUCCAUCAUUUAUAUUUGAAGUGGAUAUUGUUGGAAACACUACAACAUUACUAGCCACCAUCCAAAAAGAUAACGCUGCUCCAUUUGAUUCCUAUAUAUAUUUUGUAUUCGAUAAUAUCAAUGGGUAUCUAGCCAUGGUUGCAACGAGCUUUCUUGAUUAUACAAAGCUUGAAAUUUGUAUGGUCAAUCUUAAUACCUACGAGGUCGACCAAUAUACUUUACCAAACAUACUUAGCAAGCUCAAUGCUGAUGAAGAAGAUUUUUUAAUGACUCUAUCUAAUUAA